AUGGCUGGCGUAGCUAACGACAAAAUUCUGGUGUCACAUGGAGGCGGAAUGGUGGAUUUCACGCAAAAUUCCAGCCGUUAUGAUGUUUCCAUUCACUAUGAUGUCUCACCGAUCCAAAUCGCUACCACUCUCACCUUCGCUAUCGGCAUUUGGCAGCUCUUAUGUGGUUUACUUCGAUUACAAUUUAUUAUGACGUAUUUCUCCGACCCACUGGUCUCCGGGUUCACUACCGGAGCUGCAGUCCAUGUGCUCCUCGCUCAAAUCGAUGACAUCAUGGGUGUUCAUGUUCCUAAAGCUUCAGGAAUAGGAUACAUUUUUGUGGUAAGC